GGAGAGACAAAUAUGGAAGAGCCAAACGCAUCUCUCAUCUCAUCUUCUCACCAGCCCCGGGCCGCUUGUGUGGAAACGACGCCGUCUCCUUCCCGAUAUUUCCCACGACCCUGUCUGAGAGGCGCCUUAACGGCUUGUGAAGGGACUGAUACAGCCUCUGCUCACGCUCGCUGAGAGAGAGAGAGAGACAGAGAGAGGGAGGGAUGGCGCAGGUACAGACAUCUCAAUUUCUUCUUCAAUUAUGGGCUCCUCCGCCGAUACCCAGGGUGAUGGUGGGAAAACAAAGCCUGAAAUGCUCUAGUGACCAAUCUUUUACAAGUAAACCGGCGAUCAGAAGUAUAAUGACUGGGAUUGCUGCUUCGCUGAUAUUUCUCUUCCCCGCUAAUCAGGUUUAUGCAAAUGAUUUCUCGAAUCGCCGCAUUGUAUGCCAGCUUGCUAGCGCUACAGAGACUUCAAUGACAUUGCCAUUUGAUAAGGGGUCUGGAGAAGGAAGCCAGAAGUUUAUGGUCAUGCGAGGUAUGACGGCUGAUAAUUUUGAUCCUCUCAGAUAUUCAGGAAGAUGGUUUGAAGUGGCAUCUCUUAAACGAGGAUUUGCCGGACAAGGCCAAGAAGACUGCCACUGCACUCAAGGAGUGUAUACAUUUGACAUGGAGGGACCAUCAAUCCAGGUCGACACCUUUUGUGUACACGGUGGACCAGAUGGAUACAUAACCGGCAUAAGGGGGAAGGUCCAAUGCAUUCCGGAUGAAGAAUUGGAGCAAAAGCAAACUGAUUUGGAAAAGCAAGAAAUGAUCAAAGAGAAGUGUUAUCUCCGUUUUCCUACACUGCCAUUCAUCCCGAAGGAGCCAUAUGACGUCAUAGCCACUGAUUACAACACUUUCUCUCUUGUCUCUGGUGCGAAAGACCAAGGUUUCAUCCAGAUUUAUUCCAGGACGCCAAACCCCGGACCCGAAUUCAUCGAGAAGUACAAGACUUACUUAGCAAAGUUCGGUUAUGACCCGAACAAGAUCAAGGAUACACCACAAGACUGUGAGGUCAUGUCAGAUAGCCGGCUUGCUGCGAUGAUGUCCAUGUCCGGGAUGCAACAAGCUUUGACCAACCAGUUUCCAGAGUUAGAGCUAACAGCCCCUAUCCAACUCAACCCUUUCACCAGCAUAUUCGACACAUUGAAGAAGCUUAUCCAACUCUAUUUCAAGUAGGCGUGCCGUUAAUACGCUCUGCUUGGAUUUCCCUCCUGAAACAUGUUCAUAUGAUACUCACCGGGAUAUUUCGAUAUAUUUGAAGCAAUUCCGGCAUAUACAUCGUCCAAUCGAAUGCAAAGAUUUGCCGUGG